UUUUUUUUUUUUUGGAUCCCCCUUUUCUUUCAUUACUUAAACUCUCAUAUAUAUAUAUAUAUAUAACAGUUCAUUCUCAUUAUGGUAUGGUUUCUUUCUUCAUCCAACAACAGUAACAACAACAAAUAUAUGCCAUUCCACUCAGUCUGGAGUCGUCGCAACAAACGUGGCUUGAUCAAUAUUAUUAGAUGGCUGGUGAUAACCAUCCUUUUUAUCUUAUUUUCCUUCUUGGUCAUUUGUCGAUUAGAAUUGAAUGCUAGACUUUAUAUUCGUCAAUGGAUUACCCCAUCAAGACCUGUACAAAAAGAACCUCUCUCAUCAACUUGUUUUGGUAAUCUCACUCACGAUACCUCCAAACCACCAAAAACUUAUACAUACAACUUUGUUCCCGGUAUUCCUGUCUGGGAAGAAUAUACUUGUUAUGAUUACGCCUCUUUAUUACAACCUCUUCCUCUCUCCUCUUCUCCAGUGAUGACUACUUUUCACACCACUUGGUCAAGUCAAAACUCGGAACAACUGACUUCAGCUCACUUGGCGACAUUUCAAUCAUUCUGUGCAACACAACCUUUGAAUUCUUCACAACUUAUACUUUGGAUCCAUCCUGAUGAUGAAGACAAACUCAAAACAGAUCCUCUUUGGAAAAAAGCAAGAAAUGACAAGGUUCGAUAUCAAGUGUACACUGAAAAUCUGACUGUGGGCACACCUCUUGAACAACAAACAACUAGUACGAUUAUGUCUGAUCUGGAAUUGGUGAAACUAGCUGUUCUUUAUCAUCAUGGUGGCAUUUGGUUUGAUUUAAACACUCUUUUUGUCAGGGAUAUGACUCCUCUUUUAGGACAUGAAUGGAUCGCUCAAGGUAACUGUCAGUCAUCAAUGUCUGGGAAUCCAUUUGAUAAUACAGGAUUGAUGCACUUUUACUCCAAAUCAUCCUCAAUAUGUGAACUUUUAUCUGGAUCAACAAAACCUUUCAAUAACAACAAGAACAAGAUCGCAAAUGCUAUUUUUAGUCCUGGUAGUACGAUCAAAGCCCGUGGUACAAGAGGUCCUGAAUUAUAUCAACGUAUUUAUCACAAUCUUCUUCGCAAUGGUGUCAAGCCUUGGUCAACCUUACCUUGGUGUUUUACUAAUCCCUCUCAAUGCAAAUCCUCCAAUUCCUUACCGUCUCCUUUUGUUCAAGCCAAUUUUAGUCCCCUUCGUUUACGUCAAAUCUUUGCCUUCCACUUUUCCUCUCCUCCAAGAAAACAACAAGCUCCCUCUGGUUCCAUUUACAGAUAUCUUGAACAAUAUCAACAAUGGUAGUAAUUAUUUCCACUUUUUAUCUAUUUACCUUUUUUUUUGUAUUCCCUUUUUUUUUUUUUUUUACUAUUAGUUUAUACAUACACACCUGUAUUUCCCUAUCACCUUCCAACCUUCAUUAUCAUCAUCAUCAUCUGUCAAAUAUUCCGAUUGCAUUAGGCAAACAUCUCUAUUUUAUUUUUUUUUUAUCAUCAUCGCUAGUUACAAUUAUCUAUCAAUCAAAUAAAAUAUUUUAAUACCCAUCGUCUUAUCCAUCUA